CCCGACCCCGCCGCACGUCACUUCCUCGCAAACUUUUUCCCCGAGCUGCUCUCUCCGCUGAAGUUGGCGGCGGAGGGCGGCGGGCCGGGCCGGGGCGGGCGCUGGGGCCGGCCGGGCAUGCCCGGCUCGCCGGGGCGCGGCGGGGCCGGCGGCGGCACCGUUAGCUCGGAGCCAUGGCCCGCAGCCUGGACGGCAUCGACCUGGCGGCGCUGCGGGAUCCUGCGGGAAUAUUUGAACUGGUGCAGGUUGUUGGAAAUGGGACAUAUGGACAAGUCUACAAGGGUCGCCAUGUUAAGACUGGGCAGCUGGCAGCAAUCAAAGUGAUGAAUGUUACUGAGAAUGAAGAGGAGGAAAUCAAGCUGGAGAUAAACAUGCUGAAAAAGUACUCCCAUCACCGGAAUAUUGCUACAUAUUAUGGGGCUUUUGUGAAGAAAAGUCCUGCAGGCCAAGAUGAUCAGCUCUGGCUGGUGAUGGAGUACUGCGGGGCAGGCUCUGUCACCGACUUGGUAAAGAAGACAAAAGGGAACUGUUUCAAGGAAGACUGGAUUGCUUACAUCUGCAGAGAGGUUCUCAGGGGAUUGGCACAUCUUCAUGCUCACCAUGUCAUCCAUCGAGAUAUUAAAGGGCAGAAUGUUCUUCUCACAGAAAAUGCAGAAGUAAAAUUGGUGGAUUUUGGUGUAAGUGCUCAGCUGGACAGGACAAUUGGGAGAAGAAACACAUUUAUUGGCACCCCAUAUUGGAUGGCACCCGAGGUCAUUGCUUGUGAGGAGAACCCAGACUCUACCUAUGAUUACAGAAGUGACCUGUGGUCCCUGGGAAUCACUGCUAUUGAAAUGGCUGAAGGAGCUCCUCCCUUGUGUGACAUGCAUCCCAUGAGAGCACUCUUCCUCAUCCCAAGGAACCCGCCCCCAAAGCUGAAAUCCAGAAAAUGGUCAAAGAAGUUCCUAAAUUUUGUUGAGAGCUGCCUUGUAAAGCAUUAUUUGCACCGUCCCUCCACGGAGACCCUGCUGAAGCAUUCCUUCAUCCGCGACAUGCAGAACGAGCGGCAGGUGCGCAUCAUGCUGAAGGACCACCUGGACAGGACAAGGAAGAAAAAAGGAGAGAAGGAAGAAACGGACUAUGAUUACAGUGGAAGUGAGGAGGAAGAUGAUGAGCUGAAUGAAGAUGAAGGAGAACCAAGCUCCAUAGUUAACCUCCCGGGGGAGUCAACUCUCCGCCGUGAGUUUCUGAGGCUGCAGCAGGAGAACAAGAACCGUUCGGACCCUCACCGGCAGCAGCAGCAGCUCAAGGACCAGGAGAAGUACAAGAAGCAGCUGCUGGCAGAGCGGCAGAAGCGCAUCGAGCAGCAGAAGGAGCAGAGGAGGAGGCUGGAGGAUCACCAGAGGCGAGAGCAGGAGCUACGAAGGCAGCAGGAGUGUGAGCAGAGGUGGCCAGAGGUGAAAGUCAGUCAGAGGAAAGAGGAAAGGUGUAAAGAAGACAAAAGGGCUGUGGAAGAUGAAUACUUCAUAGUAGAUGGACAGAGGAAGUUAGAAAAGAAGCAGGCAACUUGGUUAUUCUCCAAGGCAUCAUUGUCUCUGAGGUUCAUCACUCUCUGCUUUCAGAAGAUGGAGGAUGUGCAGCACACCAGGAAGAUGCACAGAACCCUCCCCAAGGAUCAGACACAGCUGCUGUCUCUCCAGCAUGACCACAAGCAGAAGAAGGAGCCUUCCAAGAGUUCAAAUGCAGGAGUGCACCCUCCAUCAAGCAGCACAAGCAAAGAGGCCGAGGACCGAGCCAAGAAGAGCGACGGCGCGCAGCCGUGCCCGUGGCCAGCGGCGCUGGGACACGAGGCCACCACGCAGGCCAGGAUGGGAUCCGGGAGCAGCUCCAGCCCCUGCACCCCUGCCCCACAGCGAGCCCUGCUAGUGCAGUGUGAGAAUUUCCGGGCUAGUAAGGACGUGUACCACAGCAGCUCCCUGUCAGACAUGGUGACAGCUCCACUCAGCCCUGGGCAGGACGAUGUGUUCUGGAGCACGAGCCACAGCAAAGAGCAGCCCCCAAAGGUUCCAGAAAGGACAACCUCAAAAUUUUACAGCAGGGAUCAGCCUGGCCAUCAGAGAUGCCUUUCAAGUAACGCUCAUCAGUCAUCCCCCGGGGGACAUGCUCUGAAGCUGAACAGUAGCAGCAGCACUCCUGGCACCAAGCAGUGGGAGAUGGGAUCUCAUCAGAGCAGCUGGUCAGCCUCAGGGAAUCCAGGACUGGCCAAGGCAGAGAAUGUUUUGUCCCAGAACCACGUGCAGUUGCAUCAGAAGCCUGAAAAAGUUUCUCAUCCAGGCCGGAUUGCAAGUCCAGGCUCCUUUGCCAAGGUGAAGGACAGUGCCAACUCCUUGUUAAAGGCAGCAGACUAUUCCUCCUCAAGUGAUGAAGUCAGCAGCAGCAGCAGCAGUGAUGAAGAUGACACAAACCACACAAGGCAACUGCCAAGCGGCAGAAUUGCAGAUUUCUCAAGGACGAGGGUACCAGAUGGAAUUGAACUGAAACCCCAAAGCACCGUGGCAGAACAGAAGGAUCAAAUUUUAGGGAAACAAAUUCCAAACACUCAAGAAGGCCUUUGGAGCAUAAACAACCAGAACUAUCUCCUGCCAGAUCUCCUCCAGCAAAGCCAAAUUACAGACUCCUCUGUGAACCCGCCACAAGUGCCACUGACUUGCCAGGAACCUCAGAACAAACCUCUGACUAAGAGCCCAUGUGCUGAAAGCCCACCUGCCAAGAGCAGCACAUCCUCUACAACAUCCUUCACAUCAUUCAUAGAUCCGAGACUUCUGCCCAUCACCCCUCCCACCAGUCCAGUAGGACCUUCCUGUAGUUCUCCAUCUAGUGCCAAAACUGAGUCUGUCAGGAGGGAAAAUGCAAGGAAGGGCUCUGUUGUCAAUGUCAAUCCAACCAAUAUCCGCCCACAAAGUGACAGCCCAGAAAUCCGUAAAUACAAGAAGAAAUUCAACUCCGAGGUCCUGUGUGCUGCUCUGUGGGGGGUAAAUUUAUUGGUGGGAACAGAGAAUGGAUUGUGGCUGCUGGACAGAAGUGGGCAAGGAAGAGUUUAUACGCUGAUUACGAGGAGACGGUUCCAGCAAAUGGAUGUUCUGGAAGGACUCAAUGUGCUAAUUACUAUAUCAGGGAAGAAGAAUAAGUUGAGGGUGUAUUACUUGUCGUGGUUGAGAAAUAAAAUUUUGCGCAACGAUCCAGAGGUGGAGAAGCGGCAAGGCUGGGUGUCCGUGGGGGACCUGGAGGGCUGUGUGCACUACAAAGUUGUAAAAUAUGAGAGAAUCAAAUUCCUUGUAAUCGCUUUGAAAAACUCAGUGGAGGUUUAUGCUUGGGCUCCAAAGCCUUAUCACAAAUUCAUGGCUUUUAAGUCCUUUGCCUCACUUCAUCACAAACCACUAUCAGUUGACCUGACUGUUGAAAAUGGGCAAAGACUAAAGAUCAUAUAUGGCUCAGUAGUGGGAUUUCAUGCCAUUGAUGUGGACUCUGGAUCUGUGUAUGACUUGUACCUUCCAACACACAUCCAGGGGACGAUUCGCCCCCAUGCCAUCAUCAUCCUCCCGAACACCAGUGGCAUGGAGCUCCUGCUCACCUACGAGGAUGAAGGCAUCUACAUUGAUAUAUAUGGGCACUUCACAAAGGAGACUGUUCUGCAGUGGGGAGAAAUGCCAGCAUCUGUAGCUUACCUUCAGUCCAAUCAGGUCAUGGGCUGGGGAGAAAAAGCAAUUGAACUACGCUCUGUGGAAACAGGAAAUCUGGAAGGAGUAUUUAUGCACAAGAAAGCACAGAAGCUAAAAUUUCUAUGUGAAAGAAAUGACAAGGUGUUCUUUGCAUCUGUACAGUCAGGAGGCAGCAGUCAAAUAUACUUUAUGACUCUUGGUCAAAAUGUACUAUUCAACUGGUAAAGCACAUCAAAAUGAAGAAAAUGAAAAAUUCCCUGUAGGUAGCAGUGUAAAAUUCUCAGAGGUAAUACAAACAAAUUUGCACUUCUUACCUACAAAAAUGUUGUCAUUAUUGACUUAUUAAAAUUCAUAUUCUUUCAGUCUGGAAAGAAUUCCAUUUUCCUGUUGAAGUAUUGCAAACAUGUUUAGUUUGUCUUUCAAAGUAUGUUGCAAACAAAGAUUGUAUUAGGAGACUUUAGUGAAGAAUGUAGCCAAUAUAAGAAGCUCCUUUACUCUGAAAAAUGGACAGUUUCACUUUCACAGGUGAUGUAAUGUUGGUAUCUUGAACUGAAGUUACUUUUUAUGGACAGUGACAGCUGUAGGUAGAUACAAAAUCACAGUUGGAAUCUAUUUUGAAUUGGGGUUGGGCUCCUUUUGGAGUUUAAGGAAGCUGUUACUGUGUCACCAAGGUGAACUUGAAUGACUUGUCCAAGCCUUACAACAGGGAAGGAGUAAGAGUUUGUGGUGGGUCCCAGCAGACCAGAAGGUUUGAGGGAUCCUCCUUGGACCUUGAGGGGUCAUCCCCUGUGCUGGGUGGAUAGGUGUGUUUCAGUACAGAGUUGUAAAAAUAAUUAAUUCUGAACAUGUGCCCCAGCUGGGAGAUUUUUACAAAUGCAGAGGGGGACAGACUUCUGUUUCUCUCAGGGCUGGAUGCCUGAGCCCAUAGACACAGUUACUGUAGGAGGUAUGUGUAAAACAGUUUAAAUAGUCUGUCAAAAUCAUAGAUGCAUAAAGCAUUAUGAAACAGAACCUGUAACUUUCAUUCACAGCUGGGACCCACUCUCAUAUGAAUUGAUUUAAAGGCACUACCCAUGUAUAUAAAGAAGGGCACAAGAGCAGGCACUUUCUUCCUUCUUGCUCUUUCACAUCAAGUCUUUGUGUAUUUUUAUGUAAAUAUAACCUUUCCACAAUCGAUAUUAAAAUUAACAAAUGUAUUCUUAAUGUAGUUAUGAAAAUACCCAAAGAGUUAAUCUAUUAUAAAUAGAAAAGAUAAAUAAUUCCAGGUGCUUUCUAUGCUAAUUACAUCUAAAUAAAGCUGCAUCUUCUAGUGUUAUUGGUGCCAGUGUUUCUGCAUAAACUCUGUUCUCAGGGGCUUAUAAGUUGGCCAUAAAAAUAUAGAGAUAUAAUAUAUACAUACAUAUAUAUAUAUAUACUAUAUAUAUCAUAUACUAUGAUUCAGUUGUAGGGUUUAAUGUAAUCCUCAUGUAGCUGAUUUUUGGAUGUGCUUUGAAAAUGUAGAGCUUCAAAUAUAAUACAACAGAGCUCAUUCCAGACAUGAUACAGUAGGGAUAAUGCUGUGGGCAAAAGUGAAAUCACUAGUUCCAGUGCUUGAAGAUAGGGUUUUUUACUUGAAAUAUUUGAUACUGAAAGGUGCAGGAAAAGUGUGUUGGAAUAUGUGUUCAUCUACCUCAAGGAUGAUGAUUCUGUGUUGGCUGAGGCAGAGUAGAGCUGUUGGAAGUGGCAGCUGUGCUGUCCAGUACGUCAGCCUGGUGCUGGCAGUGAUGCUGUGACUGACAGGUGCUCAGAACUGCUGUCCCUGUGUGUGUCACCAGGGAAUCAAUCUGGGGGCUAACCACCCUUCCCCUUGCUCCCUGUGCUGGCACCUCACUGCUGCAGGCGGGUCAGAGGUGCCUGCACUGUUGCUGUUAUGUUUUUGGCUCUGUGGAGGACUGCACUUUCCAAAGUUACUAACCUAGCACUUUUCACAGGCAAUAGCUUAUCUCAAAAUGUAUAGUGCUUUUUAAUGAAGAAUUUUCCUUUUAAAUGUUUAACUAACAGAAAAACAAGCCUAAAGCCAUACUAAAAAAAUACAGUAAACUACUCAAAGUGGUUCUAAAUGUAUGUGAGUGAUUAGCUUGUGUGCACAAUUGAAACCUGAAUGGAAACUGCUUGAGCAGAGCUGUGUGACAACAGGACCUCUGUCUGGUUGUAGUAAUGUUCCUCCUGUUGCCAGGGCUGGGGCAAAUGAGUAAAGCCUGGCUUGGCUCCCUGUGCUGCUGAACACUUGGGCUCAUUGAAUUGGACUCACAGAACAAACAGAAAAAAAAAAAGCCACAACAAAACCAAACAAGUCCAAAUCUAUAACAGAACCAGAGAUCAAAGUUACAAUUACUGGCAAAAAGUAAGUUGCAGACAAUCAAUUUUUAAGCAACUUACUUGCUUUUGAUUUAAAAGUCUAAGAGACUGUGAAGGAAGAGCAGCUUUCAUUUUGCACACAGUAGCUGUGCAAAACUGACAAAGCUGCUCAUGCUGUAAGUAAUCAGAGAUCCAGAGAUCCAUUACUGCCCUGCAAUAUUUUGAAAGUGUGCUUAUCUCAGCAGCAUCUGUAUUACAGAGGAUCCAUGGGAUUUUUCCCUGCUCUGGUGCCAACAGGUAGGAGGCUGAUAUUUUCCUGAUGCUAGGGACUUUUUAAAAAGAAUUUAGUGGGACUUUAUAAAAACUCAUAUGAACAGAUUAAAGAAGCAAAUGUGAUCAAACUUAAGUUUACUGUAGCAGAAAAUUACAACAAUGACAAUACAUUGACACACUGUGAAGAAGUUUAACUCCAUGCUAAAAGGGAAAAUACCCAAAUAACCCCAAGUUCAAGAGAGGGAAUAUGCACUAUUACAUUGGGAUUGUAAUUCAUUCUGUUUCCCUCUAUUAGCUUUCUUCUUUCUAGCUGCAAUUCAAGGCAGUGAGUUGGAUUUUCAUCUUCUAUUCACUAUAAAAAAAACAUUAAAAACUUUCCAUGUGUAAUUAUGGAAAGCAUGAGGCACUUAGAGGUGAAUGCUUUUGAAGGAUUUAGAAGUGAGAUUGCAAAUAGCAACAGCAGCUGGAUGCAACAAGGAGAAACCUGUGGCAUUGUCCCUCUAUCAAGAGAUAGUCAGAAUGGUUGGAGAUGAGAAAGAGCCCAGAGAUGUUGAGAAGAGUAACAAGAAAGGGGAAGUGACUGAAGAGGAGGGAAAAGCUGAAGAAAAGAAACAUGAGUAGCCAAAGGUAAGGGAGUGGAUGUCUGGCACAGCAUAUUGCUGUAGGAGGAAUACAAAAGGUUAAAAAAUGUUAAGGAAAAGAAAGCAGCCAAAGAAAUGGAAAGGUAUCUGAAGUGACUGGGGGGCACUGAAUGAGGGAGUAUUUUGAAUAACUGUUCAGCUCAAAGCAAAAGUACAAAGGCCAGAAGACAAAAAUCCAAUAACCAAGGUUAUCCAGACAUAAUUUUAACUAUGCAAAAUGUAGAUCAAAUUUGUAAUUUCAUUUUGUGAGGUGUUUCACUAGCUGUACUGUUUCACUAACUUUUAAAACCAAGGACUAAAUUGCUUAAUGUGUUUUUCUAGUGAUGUCACUUUGACAUGAAAGAAUGCUACAGGGGCAGAAUGUCAAGGAUCCAUGUCAUUAACCCUUUGGUACAUGCAGUCUCCAAGUGACAGGUGGUGCUCAUAAUGUUAUAUUUGCCACACGAGAUUGUGCUAAUGCUGCAGCAAUGUAGAGCUGUGUGUAUGUGCCUGCUUUCAUUUUAGGCAUGGUGAACUCUCUUUUUCAGCCUGAAGCUUGGCACAUGACUUCAAAACCUGGGAACCAUGCAAGUUAUGUACUGUACACUGUAUAUUGUUCUCUAAUGUGGAAAUUGUACAAUUGAAACAGUAAUAAAAAUACUCUGAAAAAUCAAAACUAGUA